AAAGUCUACCAAUCAGAGGUCACCUUACAAAUUUCUGGCCGGGAGUUUCAAAAUGGCGUGCCAAGCAACCGUUGGGAAUUACUUUUCUACCGUGUAAAUUUCUCUUUUGUGUACAAACAAAGAUCUUGUUAAUCCCCGGGAUAAUUCGGAGGGUUUUCGCUUGUAGCCGGGAUCACGGAAACCAUCUUCAGACGUCCUUGGCUUUGUGCUUUCUUCGAUCAGGAGGGUAAGUUGGGAUGUCCACUCGCAGCUCGCCCCGCCCACCCAGCAGUGCUAGUGUUGGGGGCAGCAGACCCGGCUCUGGAACACGGUCUCCUGUCACAUCACAGUCACAGGCAAGCAUCGGGGGAGGGGAGGCCCUGGGAUCGGGGCAGAGACAUAAAGGUGAGCUGAGCCCCAGAGGCAGCCUGCAGCAGCGCAAGCCUGCAGUUAUGUCGGAAUCUGCCAGGCGGACUGCUGUGUCCCCGGGACUGGGUAUGGAGGACAUGGCGCACCUGCAGGAGCAGCUGCGGCAGCUGCGGGCGGAGAUCUCUCAGCUGCAGGAGGAGAACAGGAACGAGGCUGACACCGUGGCGCAGCUCAGGAAACGCAUCAACGUCCUGGAGAGGGAGAAGCUGGAGACGGCCAGCAGGUAUAAUGAAGAGACGACCAGCCUACAGAGCCAGGUGGCGCGACUGCGAGCUCAGCUGGAGAAAGGUGAGGCGGUGAGGCAGAACCUGGAGUACGAACUCACCGUGGCCAGGAAGAACAUCAGCCAGGAGAAGAGACAGGCCGAGGACAAGGAGGGGCAGAUCCUGCGCAGUAAUGACGACCUCAGGGCACAAGUAUCCGAGCUGAGCAGACAGGUGGAUGACCUGGACAGUGCUCUGAAGAUAGCCCGGAUCCAGGCCACAGAACAGGAGACUCAACACAGGCUGCUCAUGGAAGAAAAGGACAAGGUGAUUGCCCACUGCCAUGCAGAACAGGACGUGGUGACAGCGGAGAGGGAUAAACUGGACAGCAUGCUGGAGGAACAGCACAACAUAAACUCUGACCUCCAGGACAGAAUAAAGGAACUUGAAGCUGAGAGAGGCAGCCAGGCUGACACUAUCCGCCGACAGAUCACUGACCUGGACUAUGGAGCAGAGAGGGAGGGACGGGCAAAGAAGGAGAUAGAAGCUCUGCAGCAGAGAAUCAAGCAGUUAGAGGAGAACAUUGAGGCAGAAAGAGCUGCUCACCUGGAGUCCAAGUUCAACUCAGAGAUUGUGCAGUUACGAGUGCGAGACCUAGAGGGCGCUCUUGAGGUGGAGAAGUCGGCUCACUCUGAUGCCAGCAUGAAUCUGGAGAUGAUAACCAGACAACUCAGGGAGGUUGAGGCAGCAUUUGAAGAGGAACGGACGGCCUGUAACAAAUACAAGGAACAGCUGGAAAGGUCAGACCAACAGUUCUCAGCGGUGCAGCAGCAGCUGAGCUCAGAGCUGGAGGAGAAGAAAGAUGCCAUCACCGGCAUGUCUAAACAGCUGGGGCUGCACCAGGCUAACUUUGACGAGCUCAAGGAGGAACUGGCCAGGGCGAAGAAGCGUCAGGUGUACCUAGAGGAGACAUACGGAGGCUGCAUGCGGGAACUGGAGCUACUGAUGGACAACUUCCGCCCCGACCAGCCCACCGCUCCGCCGAGCAGGAAGAAAGCGUCGGGGAAACAGAAGGACAAGGGGAAGCCGACAUCUCCUUCGGUGGUGCUGGAGACCCUCAGACACACCCUCAUCAACUACCAGAACAGGCUGGACACUGCACAGGAUGAGCUGGACAAACUCAGGAAGAGUUAUGAGAAGGUUUCGUCAGAGAACGAGUCAUACAAGGAUAACCUGUGGUCCAGGAGCAAGGCACUGGAGGAAACCCAGGCCAGCCUGACCAACACUAAGAAGGAGCUGUCCCGUGUGCAGAGUGAGCGUGUGGAACAGGAGGCGGCGCUGGCGGCGGUACAUGCUGACAUGGAGAAGGCCAUGCACAGGCUGGACCAGGAGAGGAAGAAAUGUGACGAGCUCAAUGAUGAGAUUCAGAAGCUGACAAAAAUCUACAAGAACGAGAAUGCUGAUAAGAUCCACUUCCUGCACACGCUGUACCAGCGGCUGGUGACCGGCCGGGUCGUGAUGGAGUCGUCUGACCCCUCCCUCAGCCGCUUCUCCUGGCCGGAGCUGGCCAGCAUGGUCCAGGAACAGGUGGACAGUCUGCUGACCGACCUGCACAGGACCAGGGAAAGGCUGGGCCACAUGGAGUCAGUAGUGAAGAACAAAGACGAGAGCAUGGUGCACCUGCAGCAGAACCAUGAGAAGAGUAUGGAGAAGGUGGCUGUGGCCAGCAGGGAGAGGGAGGACAGCUGGGCCAAGCAGAAGUCAGACCUGGAGCAGCACUACGGAUCACUGCUGCAGGAGAUGCAGUCUAACAACAAGAAGUCCCAGUCACUGGCUGACCAGGCCUGGGAGCAGGUGCGUGCCACCGGGACCCUGAAGGAGGGGCUGGAGGCGGAAUGUGCCGAUCUCCGGGGAAAACUGUCCCGCGCGCAGUCCGAACACUCCUCGCUCCUCACGGCAUGCGCGCUGCUUGUGGGCGCCCUGUACCCGAUGUACGCCCGCGUCGGCGCCCUGGCCGCGCAGAGAAGCCUCAUGGAGGAACAGUUCCACAACUGCGAGGCCAUGAAGCACCAGGCGAAAAUCCUCGUGGAGACCCUGAGCUCUGCCAUGGGGGAGAUGACCGGGACCGUUCCUGCGACCCGACCGUGGAACCCGGUUCUAAAGUUCCGCGUCGGCGUGAUCGCGGUGCUGGCUGCCAAUCGGCUGAACUCGUUCGCCGGGCAGGGCUGCAAGCUGUUCGUUUCCCACGACGCACCGGACGGGGUGGGCCGGUCCAUUGUGUGCAUCGGAGGGGUGAAAGGGUCUGCUAAAACUAUCACAGGGACUGGAAUGAGUGACAGCAGGAACCAGAGAAGCCAGAAUGGUCGGAGUGGUCAGGCGGGCGGAGGGAACGGCCGGAGUGUGAAGCAGGCGGCGGUCAGGUGGUUCCACAGUCCCGAGCUGCUGGGGGUGCUGGUCAACUCUGUUGCUGAGCUACAGGAGACUCUGUCCAGGACAGACCCCCAGUCAGGCCUGCCCAGCUCCAAGGCCAUUGUGAGCUCAGCCCGUAACUCCUUUGCCAAGCUGAUGAACAAGCUGAGUCCUGAGUUCAGCGUGUUGAUGGCGGACGGGAACGGGGGGAACUACCGUGAGAAGGGCGCACUGGUCAGAUUCCUGGGACACGGGCUGAACAGGGUCCUGGGACGGUCCUCGCUGUCAGGGAAACUACAGGUCAUGUCCUCACAGCAAAUCAUCUCGAGCCUGCAGCACCACAUCCUGGACUUCACGCAGCACCUGCACACUGCGGAGGUGGAGCGGCGCGGUCUGCGGGCGGAGGUCGCCAAGCUGCACAAUGAGACGGACCUGCUGCGGCGGCACCGCGACAAGGUCACCAUCCUGGAGGAUGAGGUCGAGCAUCUCAGGACGGAGAACUCCCAGCUUGUGCCGAAGGACCGUUUUGACAGCGUGUGCCAGGAGCUGAGCAGCGCCCUCCAGCGGGAGCAGCAGGCACAGCAGCUGCUGAACGAGCAGAGCAGCCAGAUGCACCAGCUGGGCAGCCGCCUGGAUGAGGGUGCCGAGAGGGAGAAAACCCUCUCUGAGGCUGUCAAGGACCUGUCUGAGGCUAAGAUGGACAUGCGGAGGAAGGAGCAGUCUCUGCGGCAGCUGAACAAGCGACUGUCUCAGCUGGAGGCGGAGAGGAGGGAGCUGCAGGAGGGGCUCAUGAACGCCGAGAACGACCUCAGGACAUCCGCUAAGGAGAAGGAGACGUUGGCCAGCUACCUGAAGUCUGUGGACUUGGCUUUACAGGAGAGUAAGGACCAGGUUGUCCUGUCCAGGACUGGGAUGGGUCCUGUGGAGUUCACUUUGCCUCAGUUGAUGUUACCCAGUGAGAAGAUAGCUGCAGAGGGAGGAGCCAUCGGGCCUGAACUCAUCGCCUGUCAGAAUGUUGUGCAGACAUUUGUGGAGGCUCAGCAGCAGGCCCUGUCCAGGAUCUCAGUCCUGGAGGAGGAGAUCACGUCCCACAAGAACCACAUCAGCACGCUGAAACGGGAGCUGAGCGAGGCCUGCCGCAGGGAGAUGGAUCAGGACGAGGUGGUGGACCGGCUGGCCCCUGACACGCCGUACGGCACCAGGUCUGCCCCCAGGUACGCUGCAGACAGGAGCUACAGGGAGGACUUCGCACCUCUCAGAGGUGAGGUUGACACCUCGUACAGCAUCCUGAAGGGCAGUCCGACCAACCGCAGAGGCACCUCCAUGGCCACUCCUCACAUCUCUGACAGGUUGCGUUCCCCCACGCGCCUGCGGACCCCCUCCCCUACCAGGACCCGCCCCCUGCCCAGGGACUACUCAACACGCAGCAACUUCAGCAGCUCCAGGAGAUGACAGCCUGCAGUAGUACAUGUACGUCCACCCUGAGGCUUCUGAACAACUGUGCCCAGUGCCCACAAUGGCAGCUAAUAUAGCACGUCGGCAGAACGUACUGCACCUGCGCGAAAUCCGUAAUAUAUUGUGCAUAGCACUUCCGCAGAAUGUC